GCGAGUUCUCUUCCCGUCGGAUUACUGACGAGACCGCACGCGCAGGGACGGCUCCCAAGUCGAGUAUCGCCAAGUAAACCGAACAGCUCCCGGUCCCGUCACCACAGUGAGUGGAAACCGAAGCAGAGAUGGACCCAAGCGCUCAGCCAGGAGGUGCCGAGGUUCCCAUUCCAGAGAGGAGCAUCAUCAGCGGGGAGAACUCCCAGUUCAGAAAGAUGCGACGCCACGCUCGCCUGUCUCAGUCGGAGAACUCAGGAGAGGAGUGUUUGGGCUCCUCGGUGGAGGCCAGCGGCUCGUACGGCCACAGCCCCAACCUGAAGGGAGGCAGCUACCAGCGCAGAGGCUUCGGCAGCGGCAACAAGCUCCUGUCGUCGUCCCCCAGGAGCCCCAACACCAGAGGCUUCCAUUCCAAACGCCACCCCGCUCAGCACCUGGACCAGGAGGGCCAGCCCGUCAUCGUGAAGUCCUCCGGCACCCCUCACCGCCAGUACAGCAGAGGGCGCAACCGCUCCUCCUCUGAAACUGAGAAGGGGGACAAGGAGAGGGUCCCGAGGAAGAGGGGCCGCUCCGAGACGGAAUACAGGCCCAAGUGGGACAACACAAACAUGAGCGGACUACAGUGCCUCGCUUCUGAGAGAAUCUGGUUCGACAAGAACCGCUACGACGAGGCCGAGAGGCGCUUCUACGAGGGAGCCAACGGCCCGUCUGCUCAGCAGCAACAGACAGACCUUAGUGCCAUCAUGCAGGACAUUGCCCAGUCCAGACAGCUCAUUCAGCAGUCGCUCAGCGGAGUGAAAACCGCCAUGCAGGCCAAAGGUCGCCAACAUAAGCGCUCGCACAGAAACUCGUCCUCACACGGUGGCGACGCCGAGCUGGUGGCUCGCAUGAAGAGCCUGGAGCUGGAGAACCAGACGCUGCACAAAGUGGUGGGGGACAUGAAGGCAGCGCUGCAGAAGCUGGAGUCACGAGUAGCCAUGUUGGAGAAGAGCCCCGCGCCAGCAGCCGUCCCUGCUGCCAAGGCCGCGCCAGCCCCAGCCAAACCGGCCCAGAACGGAGACGAAGAUGACGACGACUUCGACCUGUUCGGCAGCGACGAGGAAGACGACGAGGAGGCGGAGCGGCUGAAGGAGGAGCGAAUCGCCGCCUACGCAGCCAAGAAGUCCAAGAAGCCCGCGCUGAUCGCCAAGUCCUCCAUCCUGCUGGACGUCAAGCCGUGGGACGACGAGACCGACAUGGUGCAGCUGGAGGCGGCGGUGCGCUCGGUGCAGAUGGACGGCCUCCUGUGGGGAGCCUCCAAGCUGCUGCCUGUCGGCUACGGCAUCAAGAAGCUGCAGAUCAACUGCGUGGUGGAGGACGACAAGGUCGGCACCGACAUCCUGGAAGAGGAGAUCGUCAAGUUCGAGGACCUGGUGCAGAGCGUGGAUGUUGCUGCCUUCAACAAGAUCUGAGCGCCGCUCUCCACAUGCUGCCAAUUAAAGUUCCAAAGCUGUGGCCGCCACUCUUGUCUGUCCUUUGUCGCUCACACAGGGAGGGGACACACUUUCAGGGACGAGC